AUGGAAUUCGCAAAAACAAAAUGGGUGGCGGCGGCGGCGAGCAUAUGGAUACAAAGCUUAAGCGGAGCAAGCUACACUUUUGGAAUAUAUUCUUCUCUUCUCAAAUCAUCUCAGUCUUACGACCAAUCAACCCUUGACACCGUCUCCGUCUACAAAGACAUCGGAGCCAAUGUAGGCAUCCUCUCCGGCCUCUUCUAUACAGCGGUUGCAAGCGGCAAAAGCGGCACCAGCCGUCGCUUCUUUAGUGGGCCAUGGGUUGUUAUAUUUGUGGGGCUGCUCCAAUGGUUCGUUGGGUAUGGUUUUAUAUGGAUGGCUGCGUCGGGAGUGAUCAACCGUCCUCCGGUACCUGUCAUGUGUUUUUUCAUGUUCUUAGCCGGUCAUUGUCAGCCUUUCUUUAAUACGGCCAUUGUGGUCACCGCCGUCCGUAAUUUCUCCGACUACGGUGGGACCGCCGUUGGCAUUAUGAAGGGUUAUGUUGGACUAAGCGGAGCAAUUCUUGUUCAAAUGUACCACAUAUUUUGUGAAGGCGACCCAACGAAUUACAUUCUGCUCUUGGCCGUAGUACCAUCACUCUUCAUCUUUAUGACGAUGCCUUUCGUUAGAACGUACGACACAGUCGUCGCUGGCGACAAGAAACACUUGAACGGUCUCUCCGCCAUCUCCUUGAUCAUCGUCAUUUAUCUUAUGGUCGUCAUAUUGGUCGAAAACGUUUUCGGAAUGUCGGAGACAAUGCAGAUAUGCUCCUUCACCCUUCUACUUAUCUUGCUCGCAUCUCCUCUCUUAGUGGCGGUUAGAGCACAACGUGAUGAGAAAGCGAGAUUAUUGUCUUUGGAUCUUCCGGUUAACCACACAACCGCAUUGCUCGACUCUCCUAGGCUCAAUACUUCCGAUUUUAAUGUAGUCAUGACUAAUGACAUGAAUGUCGUGGAAGCAAUAUGCACAACCAACUUCUGGCUUCUAUUCGUGGCGAUGAUAUGUGGAAUGGGUUCAGGACUCGCGACGAUAAACAACAUCAGACAGAUGGGAGAGUCACUUGGCUACUCUACGGUUCAGCUCAAUGCUCUGGUGUCUCUUUGGAGCAUAUGGAAUUUUCUAGGCCGGUUUGGGUCCGGUUACAUCUCAGACGCAUAUUUACACAGUCAUGGGUGGCCAAGACCGGUUUUCAUGGCCAUAACACUAGUCAUUAUGGCUAUGGGUCACCUUGUCAUGGCAUCCGGUUUAGUAGGCAGCCUAUAUGUCGGGUCACUGUUGGUUGGUUUAGCUUACGGGUCACAAUGGUCACUCAUGCCGACAAUAACCUCUGAAAUAUUCGGGAUUAUUCACAUGGCAACUAUAUUCUAUACGAUCUCGAUAGCAAGUCCAAUUGGUUCAUACAUUUUCUCGGUGAAGGUGAUAGGCUACUUCUACGACAAGGUAGAUUCUGAGGAUGAUCAUUCUUGUUAUGGGAACCAUUGCUUUAGGGCUUCGUUUAUAAUUAUGGGUGGAAUGGCUUUGCUUGGAGCUCUUGUUGCUUUUGUCUUGUUCCUCCGCACGAAGAAGUUUUAUGCAACACUUGUGGCCAAGAGGAUGUUGAAGUGA